CACUUCACCCAUCUAUCUACAGAAAAAGAGAAAGUCAAUCCUCCGUGAAGACGAACAGAGCAGCCACAUCUUCAAGGGGUUAGGGUUUCAGAUCUGAGCAAACAAAAACGUUUUAAUGGCGUUGAGAAACUUGUACAAGGAGAUAAAGGGCAUGAAGGUGAAGGAAGUGCCAGCACACCUUAAGCCAAUGCUCUCAAUCGGUUACGCGAAGAAUGCUAUCAGAAAAGGAUUGGAUAAUUACCAUGCUAAGUACAUUGAAACUAGCUCUGUCGACCCACUUCUCCAUGUCUGUUUUGGAGGCAUGGCUUUUUCGUACCUCGUUGCGCUUCCAGAAGAGCGACGCCACCUCGAGCAUAAACAACAUGGUGGACAUUGAUUGUCGGCCCGAUUUUAUAAGAUUUGUUGGGAGUAUGAGUAGAUGGUCCAGCGAAGGACAAGCACAUCUGUCUCUGUUGGUUGUUUUUACCCUCUUUCCAGUAAUUGGUGUACCCUAUGAGACUCAUUUAUGCAAUACUUGGCUUAUUGAUUUAAUAAAUGUAGUCAAAUACUUCUUCCCUCGCCCGUGGGAGGGAUAACAUGUGCCUUACCAAAACAGAGGCAGAAUCUUUUUAUGUGAAUCAAUGUUUUUUCACCCCCCA